UUUAUAAAACGUAAUUUUGUAUAGUUUUGUGCUGUCGUUUGGUUUUUUUGUGCGAUAAUAAAUAAGUGAUAAAUAUAAUUAGAACAACAAAGGAAAAGUAGUGCGUUUACAGAUUUGGGUUUAUGUUUAUUACUAUUAAAAAUUGUUAAAUUAAAGGCAAUAUUAUUAUUCAUGAAUAACACAGAUUAGUGCAAUAUAAAAGGAAUUGAGAAUUUAAUGAUUUGUGUAAUAUUUAUAUCUAUAUAAAAAUAUAUAAGCUCGAGAUGGAAAUUCAAAGGUACAGUUUAUCAUUGAAGAGGAUUCCAAACUGUCCUGUGAAAAGUUCGCAGCCUCUAAAAGAAUUUGUUGGUCGCUGCCAAACUAUGCCAUCACGAGUGAAGAAAUCAUUUUGUGGUUGCCUCCAGGAUGACGAGCCGCCGGAAAUCACGUAUUGCGUUGUGGAGCACACGGGUACGCUCACGCUACAAGCAAUGACGCCGACCUUGCCAAUGCCAGCCGAGGAGGAACUGAAUAAAAUGUUUCUCGAGCUUGUUGACGAGCUGGACCUGACUCAAGCUAAUCGACAAGCGGUUUUGGCACUUCCAGCAAAUAAAAAGUGGCAAAUAUAUUGCUCCAGAAAAGGUAAUGGCUCGCUGGACAACGGAGGUUUACGGACCACUGAUCUCAGUGGUGAUCCCGAGGAUUAUAUCAAUAGACUGAAGAUGAUAGCGAAUAAUCCUUUCCCAGAGGAAGGUGAGGAGGUAUCGAGUCAAAUGCGUCAAGCCGAAGCUCUGAAGACUGCCCUGAGAACGCAACCGCAUAGCUUCGUUCUCAGAUUUAUAGAACUAGAUGGUUUAAAUGCUCUACUACAAGUACUAGGAACUAUGAAUACUGAGGCAGCGAACAGUAAUCUUCACACCAGCGUCAUAGGAUGUCUGAAAGCUUUAAUGAACAAUUCGAAUGGUAGAGCGCAUGUAUUGGCGCAUCCAACGGCAAUCAACACAAUAUCACAAUCGCUCGCGUCUGAGAAUAUAAAAACAAAGAUCUCUGUAUUAGAGAUUCUUGGUGCGGUUUGCUUGGUGCCGGGCGGUCACCGCAAGGUCCUAGAAGCUAUGUUGCACUUUCAACAGUACCAUUCCGAAAGAACACGCUUUCAAUGUAUAAUUAAUGAUCUCGACAAAAAUUUUGGCAUUUAUAAGGACAAUCUGUCUCUGAAGACGGCGAUUAUGUCGUUUAUCAAUGCCGUACUGAAUUACGGACCUGGCCAGGUGACACUGGAAUUCAGAUUGCAUCUGAGAUACGAACUAUUGAUGCUCGGGAUCCAACCUAUUAUUGACAAACUGAGAAAAUAUGAAAAUGAAACACUUGAUAGGCAUCUUGAUUUCUUUGAGAUGGUACGAAAUGAGGACGAGAAGGAGCUCGCCAGAAAAUUCGAGAAGGAACAUGUGGAUACUAAGAGUGCUAGCGCCAUGUUUGAUCUUUUGCGACGGAAACUCAGUCAUACUGCCGCUUAUCCUCAUCUCCUUAGUUUACUUGAACAUUGUCUUUUGUUGCCACUGGAUUAUGGUUCGCAUCCUCAGCAUUGGUUGUUGUUUGAUCGAAUCGUUCAGCAGAUUGUUUUACAAUCUGAAAGCAAUGAGACGGGAUUAGUAAGAAAUCCCGAUGUGGCCCCAAUUGAAAUAAAUGUAAAAGAAAUUGUCCAUCUUCUUGCAAAGGAAGAGGAACUUGUGGCAGCAAGAAGAAAGGCCGAAGAGCUGGAACGCGAAAAUUUGGACAUGUCCACGAGACUAGCUAAGAAGGAACAAGAAUUAGAUUUAAGAACUCAAGAAAAAGAAGAUAUGGAAGCAAGUUUAACAAGAAUUAAAGAGCGUCUCGAAAAAGAGACAUCGAUGCAUAUAGAAACAAAACAAAGAAUUUCUGAAUUGCAAGAUAAUCUUGAGACAUUGUCACGACAAAUUAAUAACGAGAAAUCAGAAAGAAAACGUUUAGAACAACUAGUGGCUUCAGGAAGUUUGCCAGAUGAUGCAAAAGCUACUCUGAAAAUUGUGGAAGAUGAAGUACUUGAUGAGAUUGAGACCAAACCCACUCCGCCACCACCGCCACCUCCUCCAUUAGCACCUCCGCCACCUCCCUGUUUAAUGCCAGCUGCUCCUCCGCCCAUGAAGGUGGAGAUAAUAAAGAAUGUGCCGCAACCGAGCAAUCCUUUGAAAUCGUUCAACUGGUCCAAGAUACCUGAACAAAAAUUACAGGGCACAAUAUGGUCAGAGUUGGAUGAUACAAAAUUGUACAACGUAAUGGAUCUUGAAUCCAUCGAUAAAAUUUUUUGUGCAUAUCAGAAGAAUGGUGUUUCCACAGAAGGCUCGAUAGAAGAUUUGAGAACAUUAGGAAAGAAUAAAAAGACAAUGUCAGUGAUUGAUUCAAGAAGAGCGCAGAACUGCACAAUAUUAUUGUCUAAAUUGAAGAUGUCCGAUAAUGAGAUUACUAGAACGAUAUUGUCAAUGGAUCAACAGAAUAUUUUACAUAUUGACAUGGUGGAACAGUUACUAAAGUACAUACCAUCCUCAGAGGAAGCUGCCUUGUUAGAUAUCCAUCAAAAGGAAUUGCAGAAUAGAGCUGACUGCUUUUUGUAUCAAAUAUCAAAGGUGCCACAUUAUGAACAGAGAUUACGUUCUUUACAUUACAAAAAGAAAUUUGCAGCUAGCAUUGCGGAAUUGACACCGAGAAUGCGAGCAGUUCUAGAAGCAAGCCGACAAGUGGCCAGAUCGAGGAGACUUAGAAAAUUAUUAGAAUUAGUUUUAGCAUUGGGAAAUUACGUAAAUCGCGGAAACGCGCGAGGUAACGCGUGCGGUUUUCGAUUAGCUUCUUUGAAUCGUCUAGUCGACACCAAGUCUUCUUACUCCAAGGGUACGACUUUACUGCACUAUCUUGUGCAGAUUCUCGAAGCCAGAUUUAAAGAAGUCCUAGAAAUCGAAGAGGACAUGCCACAUGUUAGAACAGCUGCUAAAGUUAGUAUGGCUGACUUACAAAAGGAAGUGGCUAACUUGAAAAAUGGAUUGCAAGAUGUUCAGAGAGAAAUAGAAUUUCAUCGUGGUCAAUCUCAGGUGCUUCAGGGUGAUAUGUUUUUACCUGCGAUGAGGGACUUCCAGGCGCAAGCUACAUGUAGAUUGGCAGAGGCAGAAGAUUUAUUUCAAGAUAUGAAAACUAGGUUUGAUCGAGCGGUGAGGCUAUUUGGUGAAGAUUCGGCUGGCGUACAACCAGAUGAAUUCUUUGGCAUUUUUGAAAAUUUCCUACAAGCGCUGACUGAAGCGAGACAAGAUGUAGAAAAUAUGAGGAAAAUUGAAGAGGAGGAACGUAGAGCGAAACAAGAACAAGAACUCCGGAAGAGAACGAUAGAGAGGAAAAACUCGCGGGAGGGUAUAUUAAACAGCAUAUCGUUAAGUAAGAGAAAUGAAGCAAAUAGUAAUGGGCAACAAAAUGAUAACAAGGGUGAAUUUGACGACUUGAUAUCUGCUCUUCGAACUGGCGAUGUAUUCGGCGAGGAUAUUGCUAAAUUCAAACGAUCAAAACGACGGCCUGUUACACCUAGCGGUCAAGAAUCACGCAGACAUAGCACUCACAAAGAAGAUUCCCGAGAACGUCAUUAGAAUUCUUAAGCUUCAUCAAAAUUGAUAGAUAAAUCAUUUCCCAGCAUACAAAAAAUUUUUCAUAUAAAAAUUUGUUUAUCAAGAACUUAUCACAUCUUGUUUAAAAGCACCUUAUAAACAAUCUAAUUAUAAAUACCAAUAACAUUCCAGAAAAUUGUUUACAAACAUUUUGAUAUAGAUAACUUGAUAUCACACACGAUCGUUAUGUUAAUUUACAUUAUUACAUUACUAAUUUUCAUUUUUUAUUUAUCGAAUUACAUUACAUUACUGUACAUACAUGUACUGUAAAAAAUGUUCUUUUAAGUUCAAUUCAAAAAGGUUUGCAUACAAUU